AUCCCAUCUAUAAAGGCAUCAUAUUCUCUAGCUUUCUCUGGUAUGCACUCAUUUGGCUUGGGUUUAUUGUGAGGAAAAAAAAGCUUCAAUCUUUGGUUGUUAAGUGGGUGAAACAAAAAAAAUGGAGGGCAAAGAGGAGGAUGUUAAGCUAGGAGCCAACAAGUUCUCUGAGAGACAACCUAUUGGGACAUCAGCUCAAACAGACAAGGACUACAAGGAGCCACCACCAGCACCAUUGUUUGAGCCUGGUGAGCUCAAGUCAUGGUCUUUCUACAGAGCCGGCAUUGCUGAGUUUGUUGCUACCUUCUUGUUCCUUUACAUCACUGUCUUGACUGUCAUGGGUGUGUCUCAAUCUAAGACCAAAUGUACUACUGUUGGUAUUCAAGGCAUUGCUUGGGCCUUUGGUGGCAUGAUCUUUGCUCUUGUUUAUUGUACUGCUGGCAUUUCAGGUGGCCAUAUUAACCCAGCUGUGACCUUUGGGUUGUUACUGGCAAGGAAGCUGUCCCUUACAAGGGCAGUAUUCUACAUGAUCAUGCAAUGCCUUGGUGCUAUCUGUGGAGCUGGUGUAGUGAAAGGAUUCGAAGGAGACAGUAGAUAUGAGAUGUUGGGUGGUGGAGCCAAUGUUGUGAACCAUGGCUACACCAAAGGUGAUGGUCUUGGUGCUGAAAUCAUUGGCACUUUUGUUCUUGUCUACACUGUUUUCUCUGCUACUGAUGCCAAGAGAAAUGCCAGAGACUCUCACGUUCCUAUUUUGGCUCCCCUACCUAUAGGGUUUGCAGUGUUCUUGGUUCAUUUGGCCACCAUUCCCAUCACUGGAACUGGUAUUAACCCAGCAAGGAGUCUUGGAGCUGCCAUUAUAUAUAACAAAGACCAUGCAUGGGAUGAUCAUUGGAUUUUCUGGGUUGGACCCUUCAUUGGAGCUGCUCUUGCUGCAAUUUACCACCAGAUAAUCAUCAGGGCCAUUCCUUUCAAGACCAGAGCUUGAAAAUGAUCUAAUCAUUAUUUUGCAUCUUUUCAUAGUUUCCUUCUACAUGUUGUCCUUUUGUGGAUCUACUUAACUGAUGUGUCUCUCAACUCUUUGUUUCACUUAAUUUGGAUUAUGUUUUAUGGUGUUAAUUAAUGUGUGUAAAUUAUCCUAGAGAUAUAUGCUUGUAUUUAGUUAUCAAUGAAGGAUUCUUUUUUGUCUGCA